AUGAAGGAAUUUAAACUUGGAAUCGAAUUGAAUCAAUCUAUCAACAAUCCUCAUGGGAUCGACCUCGCACUUACACAUGCUAUACUACCCAAUGGCUCGUGCACUUACAAGUAUCACAAGUUGAGGAUACAGCUGAAUCAAUUUUGGCGUAGCUGUAUCGACAACACCACGUUGCUAGCCCCUGUCCAGGAGAAACACUUACAUGAAACGGGAAUAGCACUGAUAUCCCCAACCAAUCACGUUAUGCCAUGGAUGAAAACUUUUCCACAGGCAGUCUGUGGUUUACCGGGAUUGCAAAAUAGUACUAUCCCUUUAGGGGACAGGGCGCGGGGGGCGAUGUUUUACUCAUACAUGCCUAAGGAUGGGUUUGAACCUCAGACAUCUCAGGACAAACACACUUGGCAUGGUGUUGGUCCGUCGCAAAUCUUGCGGCCUGGUGCUCCGGGUCGAGGGGAUGUGCGUCAACACGUGACGUCCUCCUUUUGGAUGCGGUGCGGUUGUGCGAGGGCGUGCCAGCACGGUCUACCUUGCGUCGAGAUGAUGAUGAGUGGUGGUGUUGGUGGUGGGUUUUUAGGCGGUGUUCCAGCGCGUUGCUCAGAGAGCGACGGUCGUAUGAUAUAUGGAGUGAGUGAGGCGAUAACAGAGGUGGUGCUCCGGCGCCUUAGAAAUCAAGGGUCGUAUGAUAUAUUGAUAAAUGGACUUUCCUUACAGUCUACCACUACUCCUAAGAAAGCAAAUAAAGUCCUGAGCUUAGCAUUUAUAGGAGUCCUGGAGGGACAUUCGAGGCUGACAAGACCUGCGUGGUGGAGCCUGGCCGGGCAAGUGGGUAGUCAAAUCGGCAUUUGGGAUCGUGAAGCAUGGUGGUCUAGGGUUGAGAAGCAUGGUGGUGUGACCCCCAUAAAUCUCGGCAAAUCUCGGCCACCGCCCUGA